AUAAGUAACUGUUUUUUAGGUGUUGUUUCAUAAAUUUAUGUAUUAAUUGUGCCAAUAGUUUUUAAUUAUAAAUUUGAUUUUGUUGCUUGACGAGUCGAACUGUAUAAACACAAGUAGAAAGUUUAUAUUUCAGUCAGAUGUUGAAAAAAUAUGCUUCUUAAGUGUAGUUUAACAUCGUAAUGCGGUUUAUUUACGCUUUUAUUACUAUUUUAACGAAUCUCGAGGAUAAUUUAGCACAAACUAAAUUACUAAAUAUAUAGGUUAAAAAUAUAGGUGAAAUUAACGUGACCUAUAUUUGCAUCCCUUGUUGCCAAAAUGGGGUUGAGUUUUUCAGCGGAAAAUCUAGUGAAAAACGUGGCCAGUUAUGUGACCGGCAAAAAAAGGAAACAUUGUGACUCUGAAGACGACGAGGUUAAUAAAAUAAUUGAUAUUGCACUUCACACCCCCAAAAGAAAAAAAUUAACUACCACAGCAAAUUACAUCUACCAAGCACUGUUUGAGGAAGGAAAAAAUUCAGAUGUUACAGUUUGCGCUCUCGGUGAAGAAUUUCAUUUACACAGAAUCUAUUUAUGUCAAAGUCCCUACUUUGCCAGCAUGUUUGGAGGAUCGUGGCUGGAAACCACGCAAAAAUACAUACACAUAGAUGUGGUAGAUCAACUUAUAACAAUUGACUCUUUGAAAGUGGUUUUAGGCAGCUUAUAUAAUUGUGAAAUUACGUUAAAUCCUUUAGAAAUUGUACCAAUUUUGGCUACAGCAACUAUGUUCCAAUUGGAUGGAUUAAUUGAAAAAUGUACUGAAGUUAUGUUGGAAACUAUUAAUCCUAAGACGUCUCUGGACUAUUACAACGCCGCCUGCCAAUAUGGAGACAAAAAGUUGCAGCAAGUCUGUUUCCAAUGGUUUUUGGUUAACCUAAUGCCAUACUACUUUAGCCACCCUUUAUCGGAACUAAAAACAAUUCCGAUAUCUCUGAUGACGAAAUUGGUGAGCGACCCUGAUUUAUUCGUCAUACAAACGGAAUAUUCCAUUUAUGUUAUGCUAAAAUAUUGGGUUUACAUGUUGGAGCACUCUUCCGAUCAAGAACCUUCCAUCACGAACGUCAAUGAGUUUUUUUGCGCUAGAAAAGAUAAAAUUCCUUUUGUCCUAAGCAAAGAGGGCAGAAAGUACAUACCGGUUUUCGAAGGUUUAAGAUUACAAAAUCUGAUAUCGCAUCAACUUGACGUUUUACUCGUUUUACGCGACAACAUAAUACCGCGCACCUGGCUGGACCCGGUCAUCUUGCAACAGUGGAAAAACGUCCUCAGGGUCAACCAGAACGACGACAAGGGGCCUACUAACGUCCCAAAUGAAGUUUUCUUGUCGAAUAGCUUGAGAUGUGGUAGAAUAUUGCAAGUAAACGAAAGGCACGUGUGGAGGUGGACUGGUUUCCAUUUUGGAAUAGAUUUAUUGAUGAUUACCGAUGGAAUGACUCUGUCUAUCAAAAGAAAUCACCGGUCCGAGUUCGAACAACUUUUGAGCUUCCAAACGUCACGGCAGGUGACGAUAAGGGUGACUGUGGUGAAUUUGAACGAACAAAGACAAAUCGUUUACUCGAAAAAAUCAGAAAUAAUGGAGUUGUCCCUUUCGAAAGGCGAGGAGGUGCAACUGAUGACUUUCGAUGAUAACUUAAAACAUCCCAUAAUAAUUUCUGCGAAUAUCAUGUACACCUCUCCGGAAAACCAGGAAAUAAUAGAUCAAGAAGAAAAUCAAACUAUAUCAUAGCAAUUGGUCAAAAUUUUAGGC